ACCAUCACCACCACACAACCAAGGUUCCUAACGCUUGACCACCGCAACGCAACGCCAAAACGAUAGCGAAAACAAGUGUGUUAUCCAAGGCCCACACAAUACAUUGUCAAUCGAAAUCACGGCGCUAACACAUCGUCGCUGCCUUCCCUCGACAAACAAUCAAGUCCAAGAACCAUUCAAGGCAAGGACUGGCCGUCUGUGGUCUUCUGUUAAUAAGGCUAAUAACAGUAUUGUAAGAAGCGCCUUUCCGCCGGGGCCAUUCAUAACUUCCUUUGAAUAAUUUAAGUCAAAAAGUAUCGCCUCAGCAAAUAUUGUUGUGUUCCUUUCAAAGUUGCAGUAAAACUGGGGAAUUGCAUAGACUCAGUGCAAGUGGUGCAACACAAAUUUGUGCAUCAAUUCAAAGGCGGCACAAUGACACCCACACUCUAUUACCUGCCACCAAGUCCGCCUUGCCGCUGCAUUUUGUUAUUGGCCAAAAUGCUUGAUUUGCCUUUGGACCUGAAGGUCAUUAAUAUCCUAGAGGGUGAACAAAUGAAACCGGAAUUCCUGGAAAUGAAUCCUCAACAUUGUGUGCCAACUUUAAACGAUGACGGUCUGGUGCUCUGGGAAAGUCGUGCCAUUUUAUCCUACAUGGUUUCAGCCUUUGGCAAAGAUGAUGCCCUCUAUCCCAAGGAUGUGCGUGUUAGAGCAUUAGUCGAUCAACGUUUGAUGUUCGACUUGGGAACAUUGUAUCAGCGCAUGGUGGAAUAUUAUUUUCCCACAAUGUUUAUGGGUGCUCCGCUCGAUGAAACAAAAAAGGCCAAAUUAAAUGAAGCUUUGGGUUGGUUUGAUGAUAUACUCAAGGGAAGACAAUUUUCGGCAGCUGAACAAUUCACCAUAGCAGAUCUAACCUUAAUGGUGACUAUAUCACAAAUUGAGGCAUUCGGAUUUGACUUGGUUUCGUUCAACAGAGUCAGGCAAUGGUACAAAAGAUGCAAGGAAUUUAUGCAACCCUAUGAUUAUGAGGAAUUAAAUGGCAAUCAAGCCUUGGUAUUGGCCGAAAUGUUCAAGGAGAAGCUGCAGAAAUGAAUGAAACAUCUAUGGUAAAAACACAGGGCGAUUAGACGAAUUUAAAAAAUACAUUAUUACAAACAUCAAAAAACUAUAGCAUAGUUUUAGGUGCAACUAUUUAGUACUAGUUAAUAGUUUAAUAUUUUUAAGAACGCAAUUUAAUCUAAGGAAUGUAUUUUAAUUGUUACUCAAUGGGCUAACAUGUUGAAUUUAAAAAUUAAUAAAAUACCAAGAAGUUAA